UCCCCCCCCCCUCUCUUUCUCUUUUCCCGGCGCUGCCACCUUCGAGCUCGGCGCGCGGCAGGUCCCCGCUUCGCUUCCCAACUCCGGCUCCUCUUUUCAAGCGUCCCUUUUCCUUCUCUUCUCUUUUCUUCAAAAACACACACGCACGCACACACGCACAAAACCGGCUGCUGUAGUAGAAACAACCCCGGCAGACGAGCUAGGUUCAGUCAAGAAGAUGCCUUGCCAGAAGGUUCUCCAUUUUGGGCAGCAGUUGUUUCGUCGGAAAGUGGUAGACUGUACAAGCAAUGACAGCCGGCUCUCGCGGUGCCUCAACACAUUUGACUUGGUUGCGCUUGGAGUAGGCAGCACCCUUGGGGCAGGGGUUUAUGUUCUGGCUGGAGCAGUGGCACAAGAAAAUGCAGGACCUGCCAUUGUCAUUUCCUUUCUGAUUGCAGCUCUGGCUUCUGUGCUGGCUGGACUUUGCUAUGGAGAAUUUGGUGCUAGAGUUCCAAAGACUGGAUCAGCAUAUCUCUAUAGUUAUGUGACUGUCGGUGAGCUGUUGGCAUUCAUUACUGGUUGGAACCUGAUUCUUUCUUAUGUCAUUGGAACAUCAAGUGUAGCCAGAGCUUGGAGUGCAACAUUUGAUGAGCUUAUAGGCGAGCAUAUUGAGAAAUUCUUUGGUCGCUACAUGUCUAUGAAUGCUCCUGGUAUACUAGCAAAAUACCCAGAUAUCUUUUCUGUUUUCAUUAUCCUAAUCUUAACAGGACUUCUGACUUUUGGCGUGAAAGAAUCUGCAAUGGUUAACAAAGUGUUCACUUGUAUCAACGUCCUCGUCUUGGGCUUUGUGAUGGUGUCAGGUUUCGUGAAAGGCUCAAUAAAAAACUGGCAGAUCCCAGAAAAUCUCUCACUUCCGGAGAAUUCCACACAGAAUCUGCCGCAUGGUGUUGGUGGGUUUAUGCCAUAUGGUUUUUCUGGAGUUCUUUCAGGGGCAGCUACAUGCUUUUAUGCAUUUGUGGGAUUCGACUGUAUUGCUACCACAGGUGAAGAAGUAAAAAAUCCCCAGAAAGCUAUUCCAAUAGGCAUAGUGGCCUCACUUCUGAUCUGCUUUGUUGCAUAUUUUGGGGUAUCGGCUGCUCUUACUCUCAUGAUGCCUUACUAUCUGCUCGAUAAAAAUAGCCCACUGCCAGUUGCUUUUAAGUAUGUGGGAUGGGAAGGAGCAAACUAUGCAGUUGCUGUUGGGUCCCUAUGUGCUCUUUCUACAAGCCUGCUUGGAUCCAUGUUUCCAAUGCCUCGGGUUAUUUAUGCGAUGGCAGAAGAUGGAUUACUAUUCAAAUUUUUGUCACGUAUCAAUGAGAGGACAAAAACACCAAUGUUAGCUACAAUAACUUCAGGAGCUGUUGCAGCUGUCAUGGCCUUUCUCUUAGACCUCAAGGAUCUUGUAGACCUGAUGUCUAUUGGGACACUUCUAGCUUACUCCUUGGUGGCUGCCUGUGUCUUGGUACUAAGAUACCAACCUGAGCAACCUAACUUGGCAUAUCAGAUGGCUAGUACUACAGAGGAGAUAUAUGCAAAUGAGUCUGUGAGCACAAGUGAAUCUCAAACUGCGUUUCUGCCGGAAGAGGAAGAGAAAUUAUCCUUAAAAGUUAUCCUCCUCCCCCAAAAUACAAUUCCUUCCAAACUUUCUGGGUUUAUAGUGAAUGUCUCUACCUGUGUCAUAGGUUUUCUUAUUGUCAGCUUCUGUUGCUUGGCUGUCCUUGCCAAGAAGGUUCUGAUGAGUGGAGCAAUGUGGGCCAUUAGCAUACUUGUUGUCAUCUUCCUCAUCUGCUUUGUUUUCACGGUCAUCAUUUGGAGGCAACCUGAAAGCAAAACCAAACUCUCAUUUAAGGUUCCUUUUCUCCCUGUCCUUCCAAUCCUGAGCAUCUUUGUAAAUGUUUAUCUCAUGAUGCAGCUGGAUUGCGGCACCUGGAUACGAUUUGCCAUUUGGAUGGUCAUAGGCCUGGUGAUAUAUUUUGGCUAUGGCAUAUGGCACAGUGUAGAGGCAUCUUAUUCAGCACCAACGGAUCAAGAAAGAAGUACGGAUAACAAUAUGGAUACUUGUAAAUGACAGCCUUCUUGCUCAGGAGGUUAUUAAGAUCACUAUUACUGCACAGCGGGAUACUUUUCUCUCCCAAAUUCUGAAAGAACUUUUUUUUUUUGGUAGAAUAUCAGGCAGGUUCUCAUGUCCCUUUAACAUGGGGAUGCAGCUGGGAGGGAUCACAAGGGAAAAAAAAAUACCUAGCCUCUGAUGCACUCCCAACAACACUGUUACUUCUUGCUGACAGCUAUUUCUCUUCUUUACCCUUUGAAUAGAAAUUGCCUUUCAGGGUGCCAGUUUACUUCCAAUGUUACUGUGAGAAUAAGAUUCUCAAGCUUGCGAAUUAAUUCCUGGUUACUGGAAUGGAACACACUUUAUACUAUUUCUCCAAAAUCAUCUAUAUUGCAGCACCAGAACUAAACUUAAGCAAACUCAAACCAAACCAUACAUAAACUCUCUUACAUGUUUAUAAACUGUACCCACUUCCCAAGACUGGAAUGGAAAAAAAAAAGGAGUGGUGCUAUUUAAACAUUGUGCUUUACAUAUUUAAAGAGAGGUGAUGCCUGAGUUUUAGCAUCCAAUGUUACAGCAAUCUCCUUUAGCAAAAGCGGACAAACCAGGCUUCCUGCAGCCCUCGGAGGCUUCUGUGCAACCUGCUAGCUGAAUUCCUCUCCUGUGCUUCAAACAGCUGUGUAGAUAUGAAACAGAGUCUGUUGCUUAUGAUAGAACUGCUGUGUAGAAAGUAUGACUUUGAGGUAUGCAGAUCUGCCAAAUCAAAGGCAAUUGCUUGCUUGGGAUAUUAUUCACAUUUCAGCUCAGACAGUCCCGGUCAAAGGCAGCCUUUCCCAUGCUUGUAUUUCAACAUAAUAUUGUGCGGUAACUCAUCAAUACGCCCUGUGGCUGAGAAAAGGCAACAGUUUCCUGUAAUAAAGAUGGAAUUAAUAAAGGAGAAUAUUUGUAGCUCAGGGUUGACACGAGGGGUCCUUGGUGCUCUCUGAACCUGCUUGUUUUCUUUCAUUACCCAAACUAGGUAACAUCACUAGUGCUAGUCCAGUCUGUGUUGCCUAGUUUGGGUAAUGAAACGUCCACAAGGAAACAAGCUCAGAGAGCACCAAGGACCCCUCAAAGAUGAAAUUGAACACAGGGUUCUUGGGUCAAAGUCCAGCAUUGUCUUUACUGUUAUGUUUGAAAUAAUAUAUUUAAAAUUAAUAUUUUAUUGAAGAAGGGUUCUGACAAAUACAGCUUUUCGGGUACAGAGUAGGAACCAGCCUUAGGUUUUGCCUGGGGAAUAUUUGGGACUGUAGAAUAUAAAUUUCUCACCUUAUCCUGUUAGCGUUGACGUUUCCAAAUAGGCCAUCAGAUUUAAAAUUCAAACCGUGUUAUUUCCUCUGUUAGGCAUGGAUGGGAUGGGAAAUCAUAAAACCAUCUAUGCAGUGGGAGAAUCACCUCCUUCUAAAAUGUGUUUUUUCCAAAGGGAGGGUAAAAGUCUGUACACCGGUCAAAUAAUAUUGAUGCUUGCUGUUUUGAUAUUGUAGUAAAUAGUGUAGAUUAUUAUUGUACUUUUUCCUUUUACACUGUUAACCUCAGAGGCUUGAAUUUAUUAUUACUUGUUCGUGGUAUUUAUGUCUAGCCCCUUGAUGUGUUGUAUUUGAGCAAGUUAUAUGGAAAAGAAUAGCACUUAGAAGAAAGGGAAAUCAUUUUGUAGAGAGACUCUGCUUAUUUUGUGUGAGGAAAUUUAGAAGGGGGGUUAUUUAUUUAUGGCACUCCCUAUGUUUUGUCCAGGUUGUACCCUAGUGAUAAUGUUAUUAGAUGUGAAUUUUGACUCAAGGUUUUCCCAUCACCAUGGUGAUUGCUGAGAAUUUAGUGGUUACAUCUACCUGUCCGGAAGGUUAGACAGAGCUUCUGCAGACAAUGUUGACCCAGCUGGACCAAUAACAAAGCAGUUUAUUGUAUUUGAUACUUCAGCAACUUCCUUUUGACAUCACAAAAGUCUGUGAAGGCUACAAUUACAAUGAUGAGGAUGUUCUUUUUAAAGGGCUUCAGCGUUGAACAAUUGAGAAAUGCACAAUUUAGUUUGAAUCAGCCAGACCUUCCUCAAGUAAAUUGGCCAGGAUGCUCAAGGUGAUUUGGGAAGCCCUCAGGGCUGGCUAGAAAAUGUUCCUUUUAGAUGAAAAUGUAUAUGUGACUUGAAAAUACCUAAAACUUUGCUUUUGGGUUCUUUUGGAUGGAUCCCAUCAGGUCAUAUGAAUCCUUCUUUUAGAGUCUGUGAGGAGUGAGAUGGCGCUUGUUUUGAACUUUUCAUUCUUACCUGAAUCAACCUUUGUGGAUUGUUUCAUACAUGACAAAAGUCUUUUGCAGAAAUCUCUUCUGUAUGGUCACAUUUCAUAUCAUCCAUGCCGAUUUCAGCCUUUUACUUACUAUUAAAUUACACCCUAUUACAUGGACGUCCAACCUUUUGGCUUGCCAGGGCCGCAUUGAGUGAAGAUAAUUUGCCUUGGGCUGCGUAUAAAAUAUAUAAUAUAGUUAAUAUAUACAAAUCCCAUAAUAAUGUUAAAGGUUCAGGAUUUUGUGGGGUCGCAUUACUAGCUGUCUAGGGCCACAUGCGGGCUGUGGGCCACAGGCUGAACAUGCCUCCCCUAAUACAUCACUGUCUUUGAAAAUGGCCUAGAAAGAUGCUGUCAGAUUUUCUAUAAAAGUCAAAUUAUUUAGUCAUUAAAAUUCAAUUUGAGAAGGGUCCCUAGGUAAUUUUUGGAAGUGACUUAUUUUUUUCCACUUUUGUUCUUCUUAAGUAGAUAAAUCCAUACUGUGUGUGGGCAGUUGAUGAAACUGAAAACAGUCUGAAGAACAAUGUAAUUCUCAAUUUGGCAAUUGCAUUUCCAAAGGACAGUAAUUCCGUACAUUAUAUUUUAGUAUGGUUGAAUUGCAGUGUUUAGUCUAAUUCAUUUUUAAAUUUAUAGGUAGACCUUGACUUAAUGACCACAAUUGGGACUGGAAUUUCAGCCACCAAGGGAUGCGAUCAUUAAAAAAAAGUCAGCAUGUGAACGGAUCUGAUUUUAUAACCAUUUUUACCUGUUUGUUAAAUGAAUUAUUCAGUCAUUAAGCAAAUUCGUCCUCUCCUAUACUUCACUUGUCAGAAGCUGGUUGGGAAGGUUGGAAAUUGUGAUUAUGUGACCACAGAACGCUGCAACUGUCUUCAAGCGCUCAAAUCAUGAUCACAUGACUGGGCAACAGUUGUGACCUCGAGGACAAGUCAUAAAUUACUUUUUUCAGUGCCAUGAAUUUGAACAGUCGUUAAAUGAAUGGUUGUAAGUUAAGGGCUACCUAUACUAGGGAAAAUAGUAUUAGAAAAAGCCUUAAACACUGGGUUUCAUGUUUGGUUCUGUAUGAUAAAUACAUGCAUGCAGUAAAAAGCUGCUCCGUUUCAGAUGUGGCAUUUAAGGAAAUGAUUUUGGAAGGAAAUUCUGUCACACGUGAAGGAACUUUUAAAAAAGUUUUUCAUACAUACAUCACUAGUGGAAAAGAUCACAGAUUAACGAAAGCAGUCUCCUGGGAUAAGACCUCUCAAGCCUCACCUUCAACUGUCAUAAUUCCCAUGGUGUAGGCAAUUUUGGGAGCUGAAGUCCGCCACAUCCAAAUGACACCAGGAUGAGAGACAUCGUUCUGAGUAAGGUGGUUACAUAUCCAAGACUUGAAUGAGUUUUGCUUUUCCUCUCACUUGAGAUUCAACAACAGGAGAUGUUAGGCCUGGGGAAAAGUUUUCCAGGAGAAAGACUUGCCAAGAACUUCUUGUGGGAUAUUCUCAUUAUGACUAGCUGCUUUUGUCUCUAUGGAGAUGUUUAUAGCUUAUGGUGGUAUUCAGAAACUAAGAUAGGGAGCAAGGAGGAACCCUGGACCGGUAAAUAUAACCCUCCCAAACAGGGACCCCCCCCCCUUGCUUCUAGUUCUGAAACCUCAAUGGAGAAACAUGCAAAAGCUUGAGGUCUAAUGCUGAAAACCUAAAUGCUGCUGCUGUAAGUUUGCUAGAGUGAAGAAUAAGACUGCCAUUUAUUUGAGCUCAUCUUUGUAAAUAUAUGAAUAACUUAUUAUUUUAAUAUUAGGAUUGUUCUGUAUAGCUGCUGGACGCUUUGUAUAGAAUCCUAUAGUGUUUCUCAAAACACAUGGCUCCUUCAAAGAAAAUGUGCAGUUUUUCUUUGUAAGGGAAGGGCUUAUCAAUAAUUGUGGUUUUGAAUCUAAGGAAAUCCCUGCUACGUUCAGGAAUUGCCUGCUUUAAAAUCUUACUAGGUUUUUAUUAGUCUAAAGCCAAAUUUGCAAACUCGCUGUGUACAGAAGUUUUUUAAAAAGUGACUUUCGAUCAUUAGAUAUCCUUCAAAUAUGUUUCGAAACAGGCAUAGUAUUCUGAAGUUUUUAAUUCUCCAUACCUGGAGGAUAUCUAAUUGGGAAUAAGUGGUGCUUCCUUAAUGCAUUGGGUGGGUGGUGGGGGAGAAACAUGUGCAACAUAAAACAAAGUUGACAAUUUCUACUUGAUCAAACCAUUACUGUAAAAGUCAAUUUUACUAAGUCAGAUUUAUGCAAAUUAAUCCCCAAAUUAAUUUCAGUUGCAACGCCAGCUUUUCACGCGCAACAAAUUGCUUGCUCAUCAGUUCCUUCCAAAAUCAAUGGCAGUUAUCAGUAAUCUGGUAGUACUUUUUUCAAUUAACAAAUUUUAUUAAAAGGUAGAAGCUUUCAGAUGUGUUAGAAAAAGUGCGGCCAGACUUUUUUCUUUUGCUGCUAUAGACUCGCAUGGCUAUUCCCUUACAAUGUCAUUUAUAUAAAUAUUCUGCUCUUGUGCAUUUGAAGUCUUAUAUUGUGAACUAAAAUGCAAUCUAUUUUGUUAAUAUUUUCAAUUGUUAAAAUUUUACAAUUGUCUUCAAAAUAUUUUAUUUAAAUUUGUAUAUUUUGUACAUUUUUUUUCCUGCCUUCUAUGUUCGAUUGUCACCUUUUCAUCUCCAUAUCUACUUUUACUCAGUGCGUUGAUAAAUGAGAGAUGUCUCACCAGUGUUUAGCAAGCGGUAAAAAUGUUAACCUAGUCAGUAAAAACUUGCAACAACAAUUUUUAAGUUUCUAUUUUUAUGUUCAUCAAUUCUAUUAAUCCUCAUGUACUUAAUGGAAGCAUGCUACAAACACUGGAUCAUAGAAUAGUCUGAUAAGGUGAGGAUUUUUAAUUCCUUUUCUUUAAGCCAUUUUUUUUAAAAAAUGAAAUACUUUAUUAAAUAUGUUUUUAUCAGUUAGUGAAUAGCUAAUUAUCAACAGGAGGAAGCAGACUAUAAAUGGCUUGCCUUAAAUGUAGAAUCAAUAUGCUUUCAAGGGUGUUUAAGCAGAAGCCAUGUUCAGAUAUAAGCAUUCAUAGACUUUGUAUUAUCACUCGCUUUCCUGUUAAACAGCUCAUCAUCACUUUUUGUCACUUUCUGAUCGUUCACAUAUAUCUGCACACGCACACACAUGCAGAGCCUGCACAACGUGAGCAAGUGGUUGUGGAAGGUACUGUUUGUUCUUGUCAUCCAGAUGUACUAGAUUUCUAAUAACGGAUGUGUGUAUUAAAGCCUGCUUUCCUGGAUGAAUGCCAUAUUUGGCAAGGUCAAAGUGCUUUGUAUAUAUGAUGCUGUCUCAAUUAAUUGCCGAUUGCAAUCUGUUGCCUUUCAGUAUGUAUCUCUUAUUUUACUAUGUGGUGUAUUUACAGGGUAACAAAAUGAAACAAUCUUACUUAAGUUGUACAAAAGGAGUUUUCAACUUAUGUGACGGACCUCUUCUGCAUUUACCAAAAUUUAGACAUGUGUUGUACAGAUACUACGUUGGGGUUCUAAAUUUGAAUUCUAAGUUUGAAUUCCAAAUUCAUGCAUGCAGCUUGGACUGUGGUAGAGUUAAAUUUGCAUGUUGUAGAGGGUUUUUUUUCAGAGAGGAAGGGAAUACGGUAAAGUUCCAUUGAUGUUUAUCAAAGUUCUGUAAUUAGAACUUUUUAGUUGAUUGUGACUGUGUUCCUAAAAACACCUUCUUAAGAAAGAAUGUUGAAUGCACUAUUGAAAACAGGAAACUUGCUUCUGAGAAAUUGUACAUAGGAUAGUGCUACGCAUUUAAAUUUUGUAUACUACUGAAAUUAUAUCAUUGGUGCCUUCUUCUGAGACUGAAAGAAGUGUGAGAGCUUUAGAAAAACUUAACAUGGAAAUAUGAGUAGGUUUUUUCCACCCCAACCUCUUAUUGCAGUGUUCCACAGUCUGCUGCCCUUUAUUAUAUGUAUUGGACUAAAAUAAUACGGCCAGUGGGCACCAGGUUGGGAAAGCAUGUUUUAACUCUCUGAUAAUAAAUUCAUAGUGGUUAGUUUCUCAUUGCAAAAAUGGUUAAUAUUUGGUAAUACGUUUGUGCAAGGCAUUUGAGGGAGGUAAUUCGCAGACAACCUUUCUUUAAAGUAUUAACACAGCCAUAGCCUUCGGCAGGCUUGUGUGAGUGUUUUGAAGGCUGUCUCUACUCAUCUACAUUUGUGUGUAGAGAUGACACAGAAGGACCAUCUGAAAGUUGUGAAUGUAUAUCCAUGUACAGAUAACCAGCUGGUAGCCUUGAAGAGGGCUGUCUCUCUCUCUCUCUCUUUGCAAUAGUAAUGUACUUUGUAAAUUACCUCUUCCAAAUGUUUCACACAAUUCUGAUUGUUACAGAGACUCAUGAUAAGGAAUAAUUACAUCCUGUAACGCUCCUUAUUUCUGAAGCAGAGGCCAAACCUUAUGAAAACUGUGCCUGGUUUUUUGUUAAAAAAAAAAAAAUCAAACCUAGAAUUCCUCAGGGUAUAUUUUCUCAUUCUUCUUGGCACAUAUCCUAAGAAAAAUCCUAUCAAGUUUAUUAAGUUUCUAGACGGUGAGGGAUGUUAACCAGAUCACACUCAUGCUUUGUUUUGCAAAUGCUGGAAGGGCGGUGAGUGAUAAAAUGACUGGGUUCCUCUCUUUCUGUUGUGCCUUUCAAUGUACUUCUACUCCCAGGGGUACAAAGAAUCAGUGUGGCACUCUUUGGAGUUGUAUGUUACAAUCUGUUGGAGAAUAUGGUGGUUUCUUUGGGAAUACCCACCUUUUGAUAAUCAAGAAGCCAUGAAAUAAUUUGUCCAUAUUUUUACUGAGUAAAAUGUAUAUAAGUUUUUCUUCUAUUUUUCUAAUGAUUUUCUCAGAAUAUAUAAUGGGUUCAAGAUAUAGUUACUUAAACCUUGAUGUUUCUGCCUCUCCACUGGAGCUUCUGGGUUUGUUUGGAUUUUGGCUUCUCCCUUCCUUCAAAUACAAAGUUUUGUUUUUUACUUUAUAUAUGUGAAACUUCAUUUAGAGCAAGGCCUCUGCUUCAAUAACAAACCUGUUGAGGGAUGCUGUAAAUGUCUCCCUUUGGAGAGUGAGGUUUUUUGUUUUUUGUUUUACUUUAGAGAUCAAUUUGUAAAUAGGUAAACAGCAUUAAUUUGUUCCUUGAAAUUUAAAUAAUGUUAAUUUUGUCUUGCCUGUUCUAAUAAAUGUUCUGUUUAAACAA